AUGAACUCCUACUUCAUCGACAAAUUCCAUCACUCUGCUAAGCGAGAGGCGAUGGAGGAGGAUGAAGAAUCGCCGACGGAGCUAAACACGAUCAACAGCUCUGGCGCUUUUGUAAUCGUCUCUCCCGAUAAACUUUCCGUCAAGUAUACCGGCGCCGGCCAACACAGCCACGACGUCGGCGCGGUUCAGGCCAAUAAACCGGCUCCGUUCAAGCGUUACGGUUACUACUUCGAGAUUUAUGUCAAAAACGCUGGAGCCAAAGGACAAAUCUCGAUUGGCUUCACUACCAAUAGCUUCAGAAUUGGGAGGCAUCCUGGAUGGGAACUCAAUACUUGUGGCUAUCAUGGUGAAGAUGGACUUAUAUAUCUUGGGAAACGACAAGGUGAAGCCUUUGGUCCAACUUAUACAACUGGUGAUAUAGUUGGUGGUGGUAUAAAUUACGAUUCACAGGAGUUUUUCUUCACAGUAAAUGGAACUCUCGUAGGGACAGUCUCCAAGUACAUCAAGGGUCCUUUAUUCCCUACUGUAGCUGUACAUAGCCAAAACGAAGAGGUUACUGUCAACUUUGGGCAGGAGAAGUUUGCUUUUGAUUUUAAGGGAUAUGAAGCAUCGGAGAGGAAUAAGAAACAAAUAGCAAUUGAAAAGUUAUCCAUACCUCCAAACAUAAAUCAUAGGCUUGUAAAGAACUUCUUGCUUCAUUACGGGUAUGAAGAGACUCUUCAUGCUUUCGACCUGGCUACUAACAGUACAGUUCCUCCUAUCUCCCUUGCUCAAGAAGAUGGUAUUGAUGUUAAAGAUACAUCAUAUGCAUUACAUGAGAGGAAGAUUCUUAGACAGCUUAUAGGGAAGGGUGAGAUUGAUGCUGCUCUUGCUAAACUCCGGGAUUGUUAUCCACAACUUGUAAAGAACGAUAAAUCAGAAGUUUGCUUCCUCCUUCACUGUCAAAAGUUCAUUGAGUUAGUCCGGAUUGGAGCAUUAGAAGAAGCUGUGAACUAUGGGAGAGCGGAAUUAGCCAAAUUCGUUGGUUUAACUGUAUUCAAAGACAUUGUAGAGGACUGCUUUGCUCUGCUUGUAUACGAACGUCCUGAUGUCCUGAUGAAUCAGCCAUUUCCUAGAAGAGUCGCAGAGGGAAGUAGUGGCGGACGCGGUGAAUGCGGCGAUUCUGUCCACGAAUGA